UUCGCCACUCUCUCCAGCCAAUGACCAGCCUUAUCAAAGCCAUGGAAGCCUCCACCGCCUCUCUUCCCUCGGUCCGCAUCAAGCAAGAACCAUCAGAGCCAGCCGAGAUGCCCGCCCCAACCGGGCUGGUUUUGCCUGCCGCCUCGACCGCCGCGGUUGAAGAGAAUCCGCGACCUCCACCGCUCGACGGGAUAGCGGCCGUGGUGGGCUACCACGUGCUCUACGGGAACCGGCCUGACCAAGCCGGACCGGAGAGGCUGCCGGCGGCUCAGAAAGAAGAUGAGUUUAAGGUAGGUGGGGUUACCGGGGCCGGUGAGGGGACCGGUGUUGGGAGGAACUAUAGAGGGGUGAGGAAGAGGCCGUGGGGGAGGUGGUCGGCUGAGAUACGGGACAGGAUAGGGCGGUGCCGGCACUGGCUGGGGACGUUCGACACGGCGGAGGAGGCGGCGAGGGCGUACGACGCUGCCGCCCGGCGGAUGAGGGGGUCCAAGGCGAAGACCAACUUCGCCACCUCCCUCUACAUCCCCAAGCCCGUCUCUUCCUCUUCUUCCUCGUCCACUUCCUCUUGUAAAGCUGCCUCCAGUAGUAAUAUUGGUGGUAGAGAGGAGAGGAGGAGGGGAGGUGAGAACAAGAGGAAGUGCGAGAAGGUGACCUCAUUCGCUCAGCUGCUUAGCUCUACGAGGGUUGCUGGUGGUGGUGCGGCUGAACGAGUGGGAGAGGGCGGAGAUGGAUCCGAACAUGGUUCUUUGGAGUGUUAUAUACGUAUAUGAUACACAAGUAAUCUUACAAUAUGUAUACGUGGGGAACCCGCGAUAUAUGAUCUUUUGGUUUGGGCUUGCAUGGGGUUGGGUAUCAGCAAGGAAAGGAGUGGGAAAGAAAUAUGUGAAGAAGAAAUUUACUUAAGAGUGGGUUUGUUAUAAAUCUCUCCCACUACCUCUCUUCCCCCUUUCUAUGUUUUCCUUUGCAAGCUUAUGUUCUUCUGAUGGAGUUCUUUUUGAAAGCAUACGGGCGGAUGUAUAAGUUUUAGCAGGCAUUAUUGUAUUAAACAGCAACCGAUGUUUCCUACGUUCACCAUUUCUGUCGUCAACUAAGCAUGCUUGAAUAGUAAAACACGGAAAAUUAGGAUACUGUGCGCAAUCGUUCAAAAGUGUUCCGGUCGGCCACCGUGCUUACACCGCUAGGAAUUUGAAAUUCUUAGCACACAUAAUAAUGUUGUUUUAUAGCAAGUAAUUUAUUAUCUGUUUGACUGUUUCUCAUAUGUAGUAGCACCAGUUCUAUUUUCCUCUUGUUUUUGUUCGGUUUUACUCCAGUUUCUUGCUCGGUGUUCAGAGGUGCAGCUCUCCCAUUUUGUGCUGUAUCAAUGUUGAGCUGUGCCUUUAAAUGUUCUGCGUGAUCCGGACUGUAAAUAUGCAUGGAGCGAAUCUAAGAGCAUGCUUUUCAUAUUUGCCGAUAUAUCGGGUCGUACAACGUCCGGCACUCGUUGAUGCUGCCUGCACAAAAUUUAGCCUUCUAUCGUGUUGAUAGAUAUAUAUAUAUGUAAUUAAUAUAUUUUUAGAUAAUUUUCAAUGUGAUACUAAUGUAUAGAUCCGAUACGAUUCUUUGAAAUAUUUUGGCGUACUCUGAUAAGAUAUAUACAAUCCUCGAAACCCUAUCAUUGUACUCUCGCAUGUACGCCAAAUAUUCUAUA